AUGGAUUACUCAACGAUCUCGUUGUUCUCAGAACUGGAAGUGGAAAAUUCAAUUUUCGAGGAUCAAUGUGGUUUCAUUGACUCGUUUGAUGAAGAUUUGGCUGCUCUUCUUGGAGAAGAAUCCCCCACUUUUUCUCCACGAAGUAAUUGCUUAUCAACUCUGAUUCGGAGUAGCAGCUCUUCCACCAAUUUGCGCACUUCCUCAUGCAUGGGAAAAAAUGAAGUGGCCAUUGAACCACCAUCGAAGCAGAAAGAGACUAACAAUUAUAACUUCUCUAGGCCUAAUCCUGAUCCCUUUUCUUCUUCUUCUUCUACUGCAAUCAUUCUCAAUUUUGGCAGUGCGAAUUCUCCUGAAAGUCCUCAGCCACUGAACCUAAGCUCGUUGAAUGGCGAAGAAAAAGCAGCAGUUUCUGAAAUUUUGAAAAACCCUGUAGAGGCUACAAAAAGUGAACCAACAAUAAAGAAAACCAGCCGUGUCCGGCCUCCAUCUCAAACCUACGAUCAUAUACUUGCAGAAAGAAAGAGGCGUGAGCAGCUCAGCCAGCAAUUUGUUGCUCUUUCAGCCUUAAUUCCUGGCCUGAAGAAGAGGGAUAAAAAUUCUGUGCUGGGAGAUGCUAUCAAGUAUUUGCAACACCUCCAACAGCGUGUGCACGCUAUUGAAGAACAAUCAACCAAACAAAACCUGGAAUCUGUGGUUCUUGUCAAAAGAUCGAGGCUUCUAAUGGAAGACGAUGGAUCGACCUACGAGAGUAACAGUUCCAGCGAGCAGCAGUUGCCGGAAAUAGAAGCUAGAGUGUGCAAUAACCACAUUCAUCUCAGGAUCCACGUUAAGAAACACAAAGGGGUAUUGUCGAAAGUACCAUGUGAGCUAGAGAAGCUCAAUCUGGCUAUAGUCAAUAUUAAUGUCACGCCAUUUGGAAAUUUUGCCUUCGACAUUACCAUUAUUGCAGUGAUAGAAGAAGAAUCCAGCUUGACCGUGAAAGAAAUUGUACAAAAUCUUGAUUCGGUCCUCCACUGUACAACAUAG